AUGGCCAACCUUGCAACAGACCUCCUUCGCACCGUGACUCGCGCCUUCUACCCAACCGAUCACACCCUCGUCAUCGAAGCCCUCAUCAUCCACUCCACCCUCCCGGACAACGACCUGGCACACGUCCUGGGCAUGCAAGCAAAAGCAGUGCGGAAGCUCUGCGGCCGCCUGAAAGAAGACGGUCUCCUCUCAGUCCAGACACGCCAGGAGAAGCGCACCGACGGCACCGGCUCCUUCUACCCCAGCUCCCAGCCCGGCAUGCAAGGGAAGGAGAGGCUGACGAAUAAAGAAUGGUAUUACUUGAACUACCACCGAGCCAUCGACAGUAUCAAGUACCGGAUGCACAAGCUCAACAAGCACUUCUCAAGUCUCGGACUUCCGGCCACUGAGAAGAAAGAUCUGAGUUGUCCGCAGUGCAAAUCGCAGUGGACGGAACUGGAAGUAGUAGACCGUGUCGACUUCUCCACCGGCCAAUUCCUCUGCGCCCGCUGCGGCCACCCCCUCGACCCCGUCGAAGAAGACGAACGCGCCAACGAAAACGAAAGCGUCAAACGCCUAAACUCGCAACUCGAAAAAGUCCUCCGCCUCAUGCAACAAAUCGACUCGACCUCCGUCCCCGAAAACGACUUCGACGCCGCCCUCGCUCGCCAAAAACCCGUCGUCCGCACUGACGUCAACCCCGCCCAACGGAUCGAGACUGUAGAUCUGCCGAACAAAAAUCUCCUCAGCUCAAAGGGCCUGGCGAUCAAGCCGGAGAAAAUCGCCGUUUCCCUGCACAACGACGAAGAUGUCAAGAAAGCCAGUGCUGAAGCCGAGGCGCGGGAACGGCGGGAGAAGGAAGCAAGGCAGAAUGCUUUACCGGAAUGGAUUGCCAAGUCGACGGUGGGACCUGGUGGGCUGACGACGGUGGGUGCGAAGGAGGAGAGGGAGAGGAGGGAGAGGGAGGUGAAUGGGGGUGCGGCGGUGAAAGCGGAGGAGGAGGGGGAGAGGAAGGCGGGAAGGAGCGGCGAUGUGGAUUUAGACGCUUACUAUGCUGAGUUGGCCGAGGCGCAGAAGGCGGAAGCUGCUCAGCGGGCGGCGGAGGAGGAGGAAGAUGAAGAGGAGGAUGAGGAUGAUUUUGAAGAUGUUGAUGUGGGUGCUAGUGGGAUGAUCGGCUCCGCUGCGCCUGCAAACGGCACUGUGGUUCCGGCUGCGGGUGUUCCGCCUGCUAGUACGGGUGUGAGCACGCCUGCUAUCGAAAGCAGCAACGCGACAGAUGACGAGCGAGACGCGAAAAGGCAGAGGACGGAGAAGUCGCCUCCAGCUGCUGCUCUGCUUCCGAACGGGACAGCCAAGACUGUGGCAGCCGGAAAUGUGCUUUCGCAGGAGAAUGCGCCUGAAGGCACACCAGCGGCUUCUGAUGAAGACGAGGACGACGGUCUGGAGUUCGAGAAUGUUUGA